UUCGAGCAGACUCUGAGGUGGGGGGUUUGGUGGGAAGGUGGCUGAGCUGUAGGUGACACAAAAAAGGGAAUUAAUGCAGAGAAAGAAAGAAAGAGUCGAGAGAGGAGGUAGGGGAGUGUGUUUGUUUUCGUUUGCUGAAUUUGAAAUAUGAAGAGGCAAGUUGGAAAACUUGAAGGAGAAAAGAGGGAGGGGGAGAAAGUUUGGUACACGGCCAAUCAGACGGCAGGUACACACCCCCUCAGGCACUACGUCCCUCCCUCUUCUUCUUCCUCAACCCCACCUCCUUUUUCUGUGCUGUGAGAGCAUGCAGAUAGUUAGCCGAGUGUGUGGUGGAGUGUGAGAGGCCCAUAGAGCCGGUGAGAGGGGAGCUGAGAUCAGUUACAGCAGCCGAGGCAAAGCAGGCAGGACGAGCAAGUUAUCUGGGAACAGGGAAGGUAGAAGUGGUAGAGCAGAAAUAAGGUGUGAAAGAAGAGGUUUUGUCCACCCAGUGGACUUAGUUUGGAAAAGACAGGACAGGCAGUCUGGGGCAGUGGCAGGGGGCAACAAGAGAGAAAGACAGGGAACACCUGGACCAAGCAGGGCAUUGAGUUUCACUCACAGGAAGCUUUUUUUUCUCAGUCUACACAGUCACUUUCUCUCAUUUUGGCUGCAAAACAAAAAGCUGAGGGGUUGCAGUUGUGUUUGCUGUGAUUUGAGAGGAGCAUGUUUGACUGUAUGGAGGCUCUGGGGCUGGCCCCACGGCCCCUCUUUGAUGUGUCUGGACAAGGCUCCUGCAUGCUCGCCAAGGCCACCCCUUACUUCUCUGGCCUGGACCCCUUCGCCUGGGCCGGGACAAGCAGCAUUCAAUCGGUGGAGACCCAGAGCACCAGCUCAGAGGAGAUGGUGCCCAGCUCUCCUUCCCCUCCUCCUCCUCCUCGUGUCUACAAGCCGUGCUUUGUGUGCCAGGACAAAUCAUCUGGUUAUCACUAUGGAGUGAGCUCCUGUGAGGGCUGCAAGGGUUUCUUUCGGCGCAGUAUUCAAAAGAACAUGGUGUAUACCUGCCACCGAGACAAGAACUGUCAGAUAAACAAAGUGACUCGCAACCGCUGCCAGUACUGUCGACUGCAGAAGUGCUUUGAGGUUGGCAUGUCCAAAGAAGCGGUACGUAAUGACAGGAACAAAAAGAAGAAGGAUGUGAAGGAGGAGGUGGUGCUGCCAGAGAACUAUGAGCUGAGUGGAGAACUCGAGGAGCUGGUUAAAAAAGUCAGCAAAGCUCACCAAGAGACCUUUCCAUCUCUGUGCCAACUAGGAAAAUACACCACAAAUUCAAGUGCUGACCACAGAGUACAGCUGGACUUGGGCCUGUGGGAUAAGUUCAGUGAGCUGUCCACUAAGUGCAUUAUAAAGAUUGUGGAGUUUGCCAAGCGGCUACCAGGCUUCACUACGCUCACCAUCGCUGACCAGAUCACCCUCCUCAAAUCUGCAUGUCUGGACAUCCUGAUGCUGAGGAUAUGCACUCGUUACACCCCAGAACAGGACACAAUGACCUUCUCAGAUGGCCUGACUCUCAACAGGACCCAGAUGCAUAACGCUGGCUUCGGCCCGCUCACAGACCUGGUGUUUGCCUUUGCUGGCCAGCUGCUGCCUUUGGAGAUGGACGACACGGAGACAGGCCUACUCAGUGCAAUCUGCCUCAUCUGCGGGGACCGUAUGGACCUGGAGGAGCCACAGAAAGUAGACAAGCUGCAGGAGCCCCUGCUAGAGGCUCUGAAGAUCUACACCCGCCGCAGACGCCCGAACAAGCCUCACAUGUUUCCCCGCAUGCUGAUGAAAGUCACAGACCUCCGAGGAAUCAGCACCAAAGGUGCAGAAAGAGCCAUCACACUAAAGACGGAGAUCCCGGGCCCCAUGCCUCCACUGAUCAGAGAGAUGCUUGAAAAUCCAGAGGCCUUCGAGGACAGCAGUGACUCGGGGGACAGCGCUGCAGCCGCUCCCCCCGCCAUUCAAGCCAUCAAACAAGAGGAGAAGGCCACAUAUGAGUCGACCGUUGAGGAGGAAGAGGAGGAGGAAGAGGACGACUACUGGGAUGAGGAGAAAGAGCGAGGGGCAGACAGUGACGGGGAGCCGAGUGGGGAGGUGGCAACGGGCGUACAAAAGAAAGGUGUGACUGGGAAAACACAGUGAGAGAGACACGAUGAUGCUGCUUCCUCCUUCGGAUCACUGAGCCCUCGCCCAGGAUUAUCUCCUCCCAGAAAACGCACAGAAUUAGGCUCUUAUACAACAGCGGUGUUGCAUACAGCACAUUUACAUAUACUGUACAUGUUGACUCAAAGGAAAAUGUGUUCAAUUCAGUAUAGGAAGCAAUGAGUGGGAGAAGCAAAAGCACUAAAUGUCAGUGGGUUGAGGAGAGCGCCAUGAAAAAUCACUGUGCCAAAAUGAGACUGUCUAAAAGAUAUUUCAAAAGUGUUUUGUCUACCCAAAGAGGAACAAGAGGUGGUGGACAUAAGAAAAUGCACUCCUCUGCUAUCUAUAAGGGCUAUGCUUUGUAUAAAAUUGAUGGUAAAAAUACAUUGCAACAACAGAACUCUGUGGUGUUCAUUAGCCGCAGAUGGCUUCUCAGAAUUCCUUUUAUUACUAUUCAGAGAUAUGCUACUUAUUUUUUUAUUGUAUGGUUUUUCUAAGCAUGUACACAUUUCUGUUCUUCUUUUAUGCCUGUUUGUGGGACUCUGUGUUGCUUUUUGUAUAUUUUUCACUCAGUCCCACUCAGAUUUGACUGGACAUAUGUGUGUUUUUUUUAAGCUUGUCUUAAAUUUUAUGCAUUUCAGCUUUAUUGAAAACAGUAAAAAGCAAUAGUAAAGAUAGUAAAGAGAGCAAUAGCAAAGAGAGAGCAGGACUCAAAACUCACAAUGUAACAAGCACAUGGUAUGGAAAUCUCUGAAACAUCUGAAUGAGAAGAACAACUUAUACUGUAAUUUCAGCUCUGGUGCUUGUGAGCCAAAUAAGAUUCUUAACAAAGAAUGCAAAAUAAAUGCAGCAACAUAUCCCCAUCUCUCGACAAAAACACACACAGUGAUUUUUUUAAAAAAAGACUUGAGAAUCUGCAGGGUAGAUUUAAUGUCAUCACACAUCUCAGGAUCACAGCUAUAUCUCACCUGUCAAUACAAUAUAUUAAGAAAACUGUUGGUGUCAAUGCUUCAACGUACCACCCCCAUCUUUCAACAAACAUUCUUGCACCGAGGAGUAGGGAUCAUAACAAAUUGAAGUUGUUGUCCAUGCUGCACAUGCCCUUGGUGCAGCACCAGGUACCGUUAAGCCAUAAUAUUUUAAUUUUGUAAGCGUGAGCAAAUAAUCAUCCAAACAGACAUAACCCUUAAAAGAAGUUUACUUCAUAGAAAACCUCAGGUGUGUAUGUGUGUGCGCAUGAGAGUGUAACUGAGACCAUUUACCAACACACAGAGCGAUGUUGUCGAGAUAUGAUGUACCCGUCAUAACUGCCAUAAUUCAAGCAUUUAUCCAGAAGUCCAAUUCUCCUAAAAACGCACAUAAAAUAGGUUUUGUAGCAUAAAACUAAAUGUUAAGACUUCUGGUGGACAGUAGGAUAUUGAUGGCGAUGCAAGCUGACUAAUCACAUGAUCAAUUGUAACUGAGGUUGCAGCCGUCCAACAUAAUUGAAAACAAAACCAAAGCUUUACAUCGGGCGACCUGUCUGCUGAAGCACAGGACGAUACUUUCAAAUGAUGUUUGUUCAUGUGUGCUGUAUCUAAGGAGUGAUGCGAAACAUGGAUUUUGUAAAAUAAAUACUUACUAUUUUGUUUUUCAUUGAGACUAUACAGCUUUUUUUUAAAACCAAGAUGUAUACAGUUGUCAUUGUAUUUGUGUAAUGAAAGACUGUGAGUUACUAAACUCCUUAAUAGUUGUAAGGGAAACGAUUCUCCAUCAGCAUGUUGUCCUUCGUGGCAGGAAACACUGCAGAAGUGCAGCUGCAGCAUAUUUGUGAUGCAGUUGAAAUGAGGGAUACAAUGAGUCUUAAAAGAUGAAGCUAGGAUAUGAUAUCAGAAAAAAGGGGGAUCAUAUGCGGAGAUGUUGACUCCCUGAAUGAAGCAGAGAAAGAGAAGAAAGCAGAUCCCACAUGACCAUUGUGGCAACACACCAACACAGAAGUUAAAUAGGUCUUUAGCACCAGACUUAAAGCCAUCGGGGAAACAGUUGAUUCAAGUUUUAAAUAAUCAACACUGACGCCAUAAUGAUGUUUUUUAGACUGAGGCAAAAAACAAGAGUUAUCUUCAGUGUUUUUCCUCACGCACAUCGUCAGCCAAUCCUACAUACUUUGUUGUUUAGUAUUUAAAGAUAUUUCUACAUCAUAUUACUAAGAUAUUUCAUAAUGAAUUGUUUUCCUGUAUCUUUUAUCUAUUUCUCAAACCUCUUUCUUUUCUUGAAUUUGAGCUGGUGCAAUAGAUAUGCCAUGGAAGAGGUCACAAAGGCCUCAGCUCUAUAUGUAAGUGUGAGUUAAAAAAAAAAAAAAAAAAACAGACCAAAGACAUAUUACAUCACAUUUGGAAAAAACAAAACAAGAUUACUUAAUAAAGACUCUGUUAAGCUCAUUGAUGUGAAACAUAUUCACUUUGUAUUGUGUGAUAGAUUUCUUUAUCUUAAACUACUUUUGAAGCUGGAACCAUCUUAUCUCUGUUACAUUUUGUUGUUUUUUUUACUGAUGUCUUCCUUUUUACAAACACAAUCUUUGUAGUGUGCAAAUAACUCUUCAUGUUCAGGGAUUCAGACAACUUGUGAGUUUCAUUUCAAUUGGACCUCACACACACACACACACACACACACACACACACACACACACACACACACACUGGUCUGUUCUUGUUUUUCAUUUUUACUUUUGCUAUUUGUUGCUUAUUGUUUGCUUAUUUGUUAUUUGUCAUUGUCUUUCUUGUAUUUUGAUAAAGGCGCUUUUUGUUCUCAGA